AUGGCUGAUCUCACGGGUCGCAAGAUCUUCAAGGUCUUUAACCAGGACUUCAUUGUCGACGAGCGCUACACCGUCACCAAGGAGCUUGGACAAGGUGCUUAUGGCAUUGUCUGCGCCGCCGUGAACACCCAGACGAACGAGGGAGUCGCCAUCAAGAAGGUCACCAAUGUCUUCAGCAAAAAGAUCUUGGCCAAGCGCGCCUUGCGCGAGAUCAAGCUCCUCCAGCACUUCAGAGGCCAUCGUAAUAUUACCUGCCUCUACGAUAUGGAUAUUCCCAGGCCAGAAAUGUUCAACGAGACCUAUCUCUAUGAGGAGUUGAUGGAAUGCGAUCUUGCUGCUAUCAUCAGGUCCGGCCAGCCACUUACAGACGCUCACUUCCAGUCCUUCAUCUACCAGAUUCUCUGCGGUCUCAAGUACAUCCACUCGGCGAACGUGCUUCACCGUGAUCUUAAGCCUGGUAACUUGCUCGUUAAUGCCGACUGCGAGCUCAAGAUUUGCGAUUUCGGUCUUGCCCGCGGUUUCUCCGUUGAUCCCGAGGAGAACGCUGGUUACAUGACUGAGUACGUUGCCACAAGAUGGUAUCGUGCUCCCGAAAUCAUGUUGUCCUUCCAGAACUAUACCAAAGCCAUCGACGUAUGGUCCGUUGGCUGCAUUCUUGCCGAGCUCCUCGGCGGCCGUCCCUUCUUCAAGGGCAGAGAUUACGUCGAUCAGCUAAACCAGAUUCUCCACAUCCUCGGCACACCCAAUGAGGAGACCCUCUCCCGUAUCGGUUCCCCCAGAGCUCAAGAAUACGUCCGCAACCUGCCUCCCAUGCCCAAGAAGUCCUUCCAGGCACUCUUCCCCCAGGCCAACCCCGACGCCCUCGAUCUUCUCGACCGCAUGCUCGCCUUCGAUCCUACCAGCCGCAUCAGCGUUGAGGAGGCUCUCAAGCACCCAUACCUUGCCAUCUGGCACGAUGCCAGCGACGAGCCCGACUGCCCUACCACCUUCAACUUCGACUUUGAGGUCGUUGAUGAUGUCGGCGAGAUGCGCAAGAUGAUCCUCGAUGAGGUCUAUAGGUUCAGGCAGAUGGUCCGGACCGUGCCCGGUGGUCACGAGCAGGGUGGUGUUCAGGCCCAUGCUCCCGGUCAGGUGCCCAUGCCUACUGAUGUGCACAGCCAACAAUGGACUGCUGAGGAUCCUAGGCCACAUGAGUAUAGCGGCUACAACGGUGGCCUGGAGGCCGAGCUUGGUGGUAGGUAA